AUGGAACUAUCAGGAGCAAAAAUACUGAUUGAAAGUCUCAAACAAGAAGGCGUAGAAUAUGUUUUUGGUGUCAACGGCGGUGCAGCAAUGCCCAUCUUUGAUGCCCUCUACGAUCACCCUGAUGUUAAACUCAUCAUGAUGCGGCAUGAACAAGGUGCGUCACACGCCGCCGAUGGCUAUGCACGGGCAACGGGUGAAGUCGGUGUUACGCUUGCCACUUCAGGACCCGGUGCCACAAAUCUAGUAACCGGUAUCGCAACUGCCUUUAUGGAUUCAAUUCCGAUGGUGGCGAUUACCGGACAAGUUUAUACCCAUCUGAUGGGGAACGAUGCCUUCCAAGAGUGUGACGUGAUUGGCGUGACGCGCCCGGUCUGUAAGCACAGUUACUUAAUCAAAAGUGGUGAUGAAGUCGCUGAUGUCAUAGCAGAAGCGUUCCAUAUCGCUAGCACAGGCAGACCUGGUCCCGUCGUUGUCGAUUUCGCCAAAGAUGCGCAGAUCCACGAAUCGUUAUUCCGUUAUCCAGAGAAGGUCAAUAUUCGCAGCUACAAACCGAAGGUAGAGGGACACCCACGCCAGAUCGCGAAAGCGGUUGAAUUGAUUCACAACGCCGAGCGACCAAUACUCUACGCGGGCGGAGGCGUAACGCUUGCUAACGCCUCUGAAGAAUUGCGUGAGUUAGCAAUAAAAACAGGCAUUCCGAUUACCGUGACACUGAUGGGCUUGGGUGCAUUUCCCGAAACCCAUCCGCUAGCAAUGGAGAUGCCCGGUAUGCACGGUUCCUGCUGCGCGAACUAUGCGUUUACCGAUUCCGAUCUGGUCGUUGCGAUCGGUGCCCGGUUCGAUGACCGUGUGACGGGAGACCUGACAAAAUUUGCGCCGAACGCAAAGAAGAUCCAUAUUGACAUUGAUGCCUCCUGUAUUGGCAAGAACGUUCCGGUUGAUGUGCCGAUUGUGGGCGAUGCCAAGCGCGUAUUGGCGGAAAUGAACAAACUGGUGCAUCGCGUGGACAUUGAACCUUGGAUGCGCCAAAUUAAUGAAUGGAAAGAACAGUAUCCCUUUGAGUACAACCAAAAGGGCGACAAUAUUAUGCCGCAGUAUGUAAUCGAGCAGAUCUACGACCUUUACUCUGAUGCGAUAGUUGUUGGAGAUGUCGGACAGCAUCAGAUGUGGGCGGCACAAUAUUUCAAAUUUACCGAACCGCGUCAAUGGUUAAACUCCGGUGGACUCGGCACCAUGGGAUUCAGCUUGCCUGCAGCGAUUGGCGCACAACUCGGCUGUCCCGAUAAAACGGUUGUUAACAUCAAUGGCGAUGGUUCAUACAUCAUGACCAUACAGGAACUUGUUCCCGCUAUUACCAUGAAACUCCCGCUCAAGAUCUUUAUCAUCAACAAUAUGUAUCUCGGCAUGGUUCGACAGUGGCAGGAACUCUUCCACCAGAAACGCUACGCCGGUGUUGACUAUCACGAUAACCCCGAUUUCGCACAGCUUGCUGAUGCGUUUGGGGCAACAGGAAUCCGUGUUGAGCGAAUCGAGGAUGUCCGUCCAGCAUUGGAGAAAGCAAAGGGCAUUGACGAUGGUCCCGUUGUCAUUGACUUUAUCGUUGAUGAAGAGGAAAAUGUGUUCCCAAUGGUUCCAGCGGGUGCGGGACUUGGCGACGUUAUACGAGGUUUAGCAUAG